ACACACAUGCUUCCAUCUGCAAGCUUCGUUUAUCAAAACUGAGAGAGAGAGAGAGAAUGGCGCUCGAAAAACCAGCAGCAGAACCAAAGCCAACGGCGCAAGUCGUUAGCUACGAGGACGAUGAAGAAGCAAAAGCCGGGGUGGACAUAUGGAAGUACGUCUUCGGCUUCACUGAGAUGGCGGUGGUGAAGUGUGCCAUCGAUCUCGGCAUUGCCGAUGCCAUGGCGAGCCACCCGGAGCCCUCCAUCUCUCUCUCCCAGCUCUCCUCCGAGCUCGGCUGCUGCCCCUCCUCCCUCCGUCGCAUCCUCCGCUUCCUCGUCCACCGCAAGAUCUUCAGGCACCACGCCGACGCUGACGCCUACUCACAGACCCCGCUCUCUCGCCGUCUCCUGACCAGAGGAGAGAACUCGAUGGCCGCUUUCAUUCUGCUCGAGAGCACUCCCGUGAUGCUCGCCCCGUGGCUCAACCUGAGCUCUCACGUGGCUGGGGCAUCCGCCGGAGCUCCUCCGCCCUUCGUGACGGCGCACGGCGACGACGUCUGGGCAUACUCGGUGGCAAAUCCCGGGCACAGCAGGCUCAUCGACGAUGCCAUGGCGUGCCACGCGAGAGCGGCGGUGCCAGCGCUCGCCGAGGAUUGCCCGGAGGUGUUCGAGGGGGUCCUAACCGUGGUGGACGUCGGAGGAGGGAACGGGACUGCCCUGAGGUUGCUGAGGAAGGCAUUUCCGUGGAUCAGAGGGAUUAAUUUCGACCUGCCGCACGUCGUCGCCGGGGCGCUGCCGCCGUGCGAGGGGGUGGUGGACGUCGGAGGAGAUAUGUUCCAGGGCGUUCCAAAGGCUGAUGCUGCUUUCCUCAUGUGGGUUCUCCACGACUGGUCGGACAGCGAGUGCGUUCAAAUCCUGAAGAACUGCAGAGAAGCCAUCUCGGAGAGCAAAUCGGGGAAGGUGAUAAUCGCCGAAGCCGUGAUCGGCGAAGAGGAAGACGGCAAGUUGACCGGUGCGAGGCUGGCCCUCGACAUGGUGAUGAUGGCUCACACUAGCGGGGGCAAAGAGAGGACCGAGAAGGACUGGGCUCACGUGCUUCGCGAUGCCGGGUUCGCUAAGUACACUAUCAAGCCCGUCCGCGCCAUUCAAUCCAUUAUCGAGGCGUUUCCUUGAAAAUAUAAUCUGCAGAAAUAAAUCGGUUGUGUUAUUGUUUAUCGUACUUGGGUGUUAUUUGUAUCCUUAAUAAGCCUGUUAACUUUGGAUUCUCCAAAUGAUCUUCGUAGUUAUCCUUUUU